GUUUAGCUCCAUUUGGUGGCGCUACAUACCAAACCAUAAAUGAGGAUCUACACAGUAGAGAGUAGAAGAAGCUUCCCCCACGACUUUGACAUCAAGCAGAAGCGUCUGUCUUGACCUUCCCACAGCAGCUUGACAAACUAAAAGAUGGCUGGACGCAUGUUUGCCAAUUGGUGGGCUACGGUGGGCCCUUACUACACUAAGGCAUACCAAGAAAUGUGGGUGGGAGUUGGCAUCAUGACAUACUUGUACUACAAAAUUUCCUAUGGGGGCAAGAAAGCUGUGAAAGCCAAACCAGCUCAUUGAGUUUUCCACCAUGCAGACCACCCCUCCACCUGUUGAGAAAUUAUUACCCCAUGCCCCCAAUCCAGGAUUCCAGCUUCAUAUUUGAAUUUUUGUUAAUAUGAAACAAAUAAAGUUGUUUUCCUAAACUUCA